AUGGAAAACCGCCCAAAGGAAUCCAGGGAAUCUGGCUCCCCCACACCCGCCACAUCGGACCUCGAAAAGCCGCCGUUCGUCUUCACAACACAGACAAGCGACAAUGACGAGGAAGCCAUUGACGAGAACGAUCCGCGGCUCAAGGACAUCCCUGCCUACGUCCGCCGCGUCGUCAGUCUGCACGAUGACCCGACCUUGCCGACCCUCACUUUCCGCUACUUCGUCCUGACCGUCGUCUUCGUCGUGCCCGGCGCCUUCCUCAGCAUGAUGAGCCACUUCCGUACCACCUACGCCCCGUACUCGGUCUUCUUUGUGCAGAUUGCAUCCAGCUACGCCGGCGACUGGAUGGCCAAGGUCCUGCCCGCCUGGCAGGUGCGGGUGCCGUUUACGAAAUGGGGCUUCAAUCUCAACCCCGGCCCCUUCAGCGUCAAAGAGCAUGUGCUCAUCACCAUCUCGGCCGCGUCGGGCGCCACGUACAACCUUGGCUACGCCCCCAUCUCCAUGGCAGAACUGUACUUUGAUUCCAAGGUCAACCCCGCAGUCGCCAUAUUUUUCAUGUGGGGCAUCGUCUUCACUGGCUACUCCUUUGCCGCUAUUGCUCGCCAGUUCCUCAUCUACGACCCUCAGUUCCCUUGGUUUACCGCGCUAUGCCAGACGGCGCUUUUCGAGACGCAGAAGAAGCAGCGCGAGAAGCCGACGGCGCUAUCCCGGAAGCAAUCAAGGGUCUUCUUCCUCGUGCUCUUGGCCGUCAUCCUCUGGCAGUUCCUCCCGGAGUUUGUGUUCCCGAUGCUGGGCUCGUUGGCCUUCCUGUGCUGGGUGGCGCCGAACAACUCGGUUGCCAAUUUCGUCGGCGCCGGCUUCGGUGGAAUGGGCUUCCUCAACCUGUCGCUGGACUGGAGCAACAUCUCGACCCAAUACAACCUGUUCCUGACGCCGUGGUGGACUCAGGUAGUCAUGUUCUGCGCCUUUGUGUGCAGCUGCUGGAUCCUGCUUCCGGCGGCCAAGUUCGGAGGCCUCGGGCAAUGGCACCAUCAGCUGAUGUCGAAUCGACUCUUCCUGGAGAACGGGACAUCCUAUCCCACUACGAGCUUGCUCACCCCUCAAGUAACCUUCAACGAAACGGCUUAUCAGCAGUACGGACCGCCGUUCGUCAGCACCCAGGUGUUGUGGGGAAUGUUCUUCGACUACGCCGCCUACACAUCCGCCGUCGUCUGGAUGACGCUGUUCGGGUACAAGCAGAUCCGCGACAGCCUCAACAAGCUCCGUGAACGCGCGACGCGGCGGGGGGCGCGGAUCCAAGAGCAAUACGACGACCAACUGAGCGUGCUGCAGCGCUCGUACGACGAGGUGCCCUUCUGGUGGUUCCUCGCCCUCUUCGGCGUGUCCUUCGUCUCGCUGGUGACCAUCAUCGCGUGCGGCAAGCUGUUCAUCCCGACGUGGACCUACUUCGUCGCCAUCGGCACCGGGGCCAUCCUCGUGGUGCCGCUGGGCUGGCUGUACGCGCUGUCCAACUUCCAGCUGCCCAUCGGAACCGUCAACGAGCUGCUGUACGGGCUGAUGGUCAACUCCAUCAGCGGCUUCAAGAACCCCACGGGCGCCUCCGUCUACGGCAGCAUCGCGGGAAACGCGUGGUACCGCGCGCAGUACAACCUGCAGGACAUGAAGAUCGGCCACUACAUGCACAUUCCGCCCAAGACCGUCUUCUUCACCCAGGUCUUCGGCUCCGUCCUCGGCAUCCCCGUCAACUAUGCCGUCGUCCGGUGGGUGCUCGACACCAAGUUCGACUACCUGACGGGCGAGCGCGAGGACCCCUCGCACCAGUGGACCGCCCAGAGCCUGACGUCGAACCUGACCAUGGGCGUGCAGUACGUCCUGAUCGGCCCACUCCGUCUCUUCCAACAAGACAUCUACCGCAUCCUCCCCUACGGCUUCCUCGUCGGCGUCGCCGCGCCCUGCCUCGUCUUCGGGCUGCACCGCUGCUUCCCCAAGCUGAAGUUCAACCUGUGCAACACGACCAUCUUCUUCUCUACCAUGGCGCACUUCUACGGCAACAUCAGCGCGGGCUACACCAGCUGCUUCCUCGGCGGCUUCGUCGUCAUGUACUGGGCCUACCGCCACCGCUACGACGUCUGGGCCCGCUGGAAUUACAUUCUCGCGGCGGCGUUCGAUGCGGGGUUCAAUUUCAACAUGUUGCUGAUUUUCUUGUUUUUCGGCGCAGGCAAGAUCGUGACGAUGCCGAAUUGGUGGGGGAACGAGGCGGCGAGCAGCGAGAGGUGUUUUGCGUUGGAUUCUUGA